GCAGAUCUUCAUCCAAAGCUCUCCGUUUUUUUCCAUUUCUCGGCUACGCGGCUCAGCGCAGCUCCCUAUUGUCUAAACUGGAAAAAUAAUUCUCUCCCCCACUCUCUAUUUUUUUUAAUUGCAGACAGUGAGUCGUUUUUUUUUUUUUUUUUUAUCUGAUGCUUGAUUUUCGCCGCUCUGAAUGCUGUAUUCAUAGUCAACUUCUCCUAUUUCUCCACUUAUACUUGAGCUGCAUCAUGAAUAGUUUGGGGGCACCUCUCAAUCGCAUACCUCUGGAAUGGUGGGGAUUACGCAGCCGAAAACCGGAGAGCAUGUAAACGCAGAUGGAGUUUGGGAUUUAUUGCAAAAUAAGGGAAAGAUGACCGUCUUCUCUUUGUGCUUGCUCUUGUGCGCGGAUCUACUGGAUUUAGCCGUCGGAUAUUUGACAGUUACCAUAGAGCCCCUGCCUCCUGUUGUUGUGGGAGAGACUGUUACUCUCAAGUGUAACUUCAAAACUGACGGAAGGCUUCGAGAGAUUGUCUGGUACAGGGUCACAGACGGAGGCACCAUCAAGCAGAAAAUUUUCACCUACGAUGCUAUGUUUAAUACCAAUUACUCUCACAUGGAGGACUACCGCAGACGUGAAGACCUCGUGUACCAAUCAACAGUCCGGCUCCCAGAGGUGCGGAUCUCAGACAACGGGCCUUAUGAAUGCCACGUGGGCAUCUAUGACCGGGCAACGAGGGAGAAGGUGGUCCUGGCGUCAGGGAAUGUUUUUCUCACUGUUAUGUCACCGCCAAACAACAUCUCAGUGGUGGCAGAGAACACUCCAGCCCCUUUCAGUCGAUACCAAGCCCAGAACUUCACUCUUGUCUGCACUGCAAAAGGAGGCAAACCGGCCCCAUCGGUGUACUUCAAGCGUGAUGGAGAGUUGAUAGAGGUGAUCUCCUACAGUCACCCCUCUGCUGCCGAGGAGGGAGGCGGCUCUGCAGGGGUGAGAGGAGCCAGGCCGCUCAUCAGCAGGGAUCUGGAUGACACAAAGCUCCAGAGGUCCCUCUCCCUUCUGGACCCCGAGGGGCGAUCGGCCCGCCUGUACACAGAGAGCCCCCAGCGCAUCCAUACUCAGGGCCAGCAGGCCUAUGAGCCCAGCCCCGCAACAGAGGUCAUCCCAGAGACAGUGGUGAGCCGGGAGUUCCCCCGCUGGGUGCAGAGCACGGACCCUCUGUACUACUUCAGCCACACUCACAUCCCCCAGAGCGACGGCUCUGUGCUGGUGCAGGCCCGGCUCACCUGGACCCUCAACCCUCAGCUGGACAACGACGCCCUGUUCAGCUGCGAGGUCAAGCACCCAGCACUGUCCAUGCCCAUGCAGACAGAGGUCACUCUGGCGGCUCCUAAGGGCCCUAAACUCUUCAUGUCCCCUACCAGGGCGAAGGUAGGGGACACAGUGCGCAUCACUGUGCAAGGAUUCCAGGUAGGAUUUCCUGGGAAUGAGGUGUUCCCAGAGCCCCUCUUCACCUGGACACGGGUAGGAGGCCGUCUGCUGGACGGCAGCGCCGAGCGGGAGGGGAAGGAGCUGAUUCUGGAGAGAGUGCCCGCCGAGCUCAACGGCUCCAUGUAUCGCUGCACGGCCCAGAAUCCACUGGGCUCCACAGAUACGCACACUCGCCUCAUAGUCUUUGAAAAUCCGAGCAUGAUGAAAAACACACAGAAUCAGAACAAUGGAGCCUCUUCCGUGGACGUGCUCGGACUAACGUGGAUGGCACUUGUCCUCACAGUGACAGUGGAGCUGACGUGAAACCUCCCAUCCAAGACACUCUCUCUCUCUCUAUCGCUCACACACACACACACACACACACACAUAUAUUUGCCCUUCUUACAUAACAGCCACAUAUGCACACAGGCACACACAUACACAUACACAUGCGCAUACACACACACACACACACUCAUGCACACAGACACACACACUUUCCACAAUCCUGCAAGCCUUCUCCAGUCAUCAACAGACCCUCCAUGCGUCAGUCUAUCAGGAAACAGUGCCACCACACGAUGGCGCUCCACUGUUUUUGUAACGAAAUAAUAACCAAGAUAAUGAUAUCAAAAGAACAACAUGAUGAACAUGAGAAUAACCGCCUCCUAUAUAGCCCUGCCCAAUCACACCUUUUUUUGUUUCUUGUCCCACGUCUGCCUGUUGACAAAUAAAAUCAGUUGAUUUGAAACGGAAAAGAAAAAAGCAUUUUGGAUUUUAUUUUGACGAGUUAAUCAUUGGUGUUGACUGAAAAUGUGAAAUGUGGAACUGGCUUAAGCGGCACCACCGUAUUGACCGCACCCUUCUGUCACAUGUCCCGGGAUGCACCCGAUUAGCGGCAAGCUGAUAAACCACGGGGGAAUAAACACAGAUGCUCCAAGAGAACAUUCUUUUUUUAUUAAUAUACGAGUAUUUCUUUUUUUCUGAUGGUGCAGAAUGUACAAGAGGAUUUAAAUGCAUUGAGAAACUGGAAAAAAAAAAUCUCCUUUUUGAGUGUAUUUUGUGUACAUCAGUGUAAAUAUUGAAGAUAAUUAAAGAAGUUAUAUGGGUUAUAAGGUCAGGGAUGGUUGCUGAGAUGGUUGGGGUUUACAGUCUUUGUUUGUAUUUCAUCCACAAAAAAAAAACAAAAACAAAAACAAACAAAAAAAAAAAAAAACUGUUUCCAGAGUUAAUCCUUUGGCUGAAAGGACAGAACAAUAAACAGCAUUUUUAUUUCUCAUUUGGGCUUUUUACAUCUAUAUGGCAGGUCUCGAGUUUAAAAAAAAAAAAAAGAAAAAAAAAGAAAGAAAGAAAGAAAAAAUAUCUAACAUAUGUCUGCUGUUUUGGG